GUGGUGGUGCUCCUGGAAGUCCUGAGCUGGGGUCAGCUGGAAGAUGACUGAAUACAAGCUGGUGGUGGUGGGAGCAGGUGGUGUUGGGAAAAGUGCUUUGACGAUACAGCUCAUUCAGAACCAUUUUGUUGAUGAGUAUGACCCCACGAUAGAGGAUUCCUACAGAAAGCAAGUAGUCAUUGAUGGAGAGACCUGCUUGUUAGACAUCUUGGACACCGCAGGGCAAGAGGAGUACAGUGCCAUGAGAGACCAGUACAUGAGAACAGGGGAAGGAUUCCUGUGUGUCUUUGCCAUCAACAACACCAAGUCCUUUGAAGAUAUUCACCAGUACAGGGAGCAGAUCAAGAGGGUGAAAGACUCAGAUGAUGUUCCUAUGGUGCUGGUAGGGAAUAAAUGCGACCUACCAGCCCGGACAGUGGAGACUCGGCAAGCGCAGGACCUGGCCCGGAGUUAUGGGAUCCCCUACAUAGAAACAUCUGCCAAAACCAGACAGGGCGUUGAGGAUGCCUUCUACACCUUGGUGCGGGAAAUCCGUCAGCAUAAACUGCGCAAGCUGAAUCCCCCAGAUGAGAGUGGCCCUGGCUGCAUGAACUGUAAAUGUGUGGUAUCAUGACUAUGCUGACUGGACCGUGUCUUGGAGAGGUUCCCACUGUGCAGUGCACAAGGACAGAGGUGAAGCAAAGGAAGAAGCAAACGGAUUCAGAGGAGGAAUAUGGGGGAGGGGGAGAGGAGGAGGAGGAAGAGGACAGGGUGAGCAUGAGCCCUCCAAGGACUAUCUCACACUUCACCCAAGCCUGCGGCAAACAACAUUUUUUCUUUUUUAUCCCCAUCCCUUCAUCCUUUGGCGUCCUCCCACCCCGGCAACUGUACAAAGCCACAGAUUGAAUCACAGUAAAUUAUUAUUUGAUGGUCUCGACAAA